AUGUCGGGGCUAGCAUCAAAAUGGGCAGAUGAUGAUGAUUUGAUCACUAAAGCUAAAACUCAAGAUUCUCAUGUUAAAUCUAAACCUUUAGAGAGUAUGUGGGCAGAUACUCCUGCAAUUGCAACCAAACCUAAAAGUCCAGUGAAAAACCACAAUUCUCGGAAUCAUAAGGAGAAUCCGGACAAAUCUCUUGGGUCUAGAAUAGGUAAUGGCAGACAAAAGAAAGAUCAUCGAGAGACUCACCAUCAAACACAUCAAGUGAAACAUGGGGAAGAAAGUGAUGAGGAGGAAUUACCUCCUAUGACUGAAGGUGCUAAAGCCUUAGCUGCUAGAAUUGGUACUUUUGGUAAGAAACCUGAUGAUUCACAUCAAGAUAAAGAAAGAAGAGAUAGAAAAGAUGGGUUCAAGAAAGGAACCAGAAAGUCCAGUUUCAGUAAAGACCAUUCCACCAAAGAUAAUUUCAGAGAUAACUUCACCAAAGAAGACUUCAAACCUAAACCUAGACAAAAAGAUCACAAAUUCACUGAUUUCAAACAUCCUAAAUCCGAUUCGGAUGAAGAAUUACCUCCAAUGACAGAAGGUGCUAGAUCUCUUGCUGCAAGAUUAGGAAUUGUUGAUAAUCUGGAUAAACCCCCACAUAAACCCAAGAAAGCAAGAGAUUUCCCAUCUCAUAAACCUAAAGAGAAUUCACCACAAAAACCUAAAGUUUCAGAAUCCAAAUACUUAACUCCUAAACAGAAACGAAAUCAGAAUAAAGAAGAAUCAGAAAUGCUUAAAGUCAAAUCAGAAAUAGAGAAGAUAAUGAAAGAAAUGGAUGAUUCUCAUUCCAGCUGGGCUGAUAUUGAAUAG